AUGUUCCUCGAAUGGAUAGAUCAGAACAGUUUGACGAGCAGCAAUGCCUCUGGAAAGCGAAGGGUGCGGUCACAAGCGAUGAAGAACUUUAGGAGUAGGCAGAGAGCUGAGAGACAAGCUGCUGUGACUUCUGCAUUGGAGAAGGCGGCCCGUCGAUCAGUGAAUGGUAGAGGCAGACUCGAGUUGAAUGAUCGACCACAUCAGAGAAAGAAGCAACGUCUCUCGCCCGGCAUUGUCCCCAGAGAGGCUCAGAGUACUUUACAGCCGAUCUCGAUAGCUCUAGUCCCUUCAUCAGUCCCUAGGAGUCCAUCUCAAUGGGACUGUGACCCCUUCGAAAGUCCCGCUCAAAUCGACCAGAUCAUCGGCUUUUGUGCUUCCUAUCUCCAUCAGCUCCGACCUUUAGUAUCAUCCGAACAUGCCACGGCCGUCAUAUCUACCGCCUGGAAAUUAUCUCCAUGUCCCAUGCUGCUCGCGGCCUGCAGCCUUGCCGGCGCAGGCGAGAUCCAAAAUGCAUCUCAGCCAGAAGGCAUAUACAAGGCGAAAGUGCUGCACGAACUUCGCGAGAGGAUGCGAUUUCCGGAGACGAGCCAGUCGGAUGAGACGAUCUCUGCGUUGAUGUUUUUGACUUCGUUUGAUCUGUCCCGAGCCAACAUCGAAGCACGAACACACCUCCACGCAUUGAACGACAUUCUGAAGCAGAAAUACGGCGAUGCUAUCCCCCCAUCCAAUAGCAUGAUGCUCGAAACCCUCGACCUCAUCCAAGCCCUAAUGUUCCACACCCACCCCCUAACAACCCCCUCCACCCCACCCCACACCCCCUCUGCCUGGGAAAUGUCCGAACUCCUCUCCGGCCUCCUGACCGCCGACUUCACCGCCAUCGCCCCCUCAGAAGCCCUCAAACUCCGCGGCCUGAACAGCCUCCUCCGCAGCGCCUUCGCCGCCGUGCAAGCGACCAUCAUCAACGCCACGAUGGGCGCGGUCGUCUUUGAGACGUUUUAUGAUACGCUGGAGGAGUUUAGGCGGGCGAAUUAUCGCGAUGAUCCUGAUGAUGGGGUUGGUCAUAUGGCCCGAGUUUGUUAUCAUCAGCAUGCGAUCUUGUACAAUCUUGUUGCGAAUGGUAGGCCCUAUCGCCACCCUUCUAACGCCCGCCACGUCCAGGGACUAUGCGUUGCCAUCGAAGCGGACGUUCAUGAGCCGUGGCGGAAGAUGCCGUUUCUGAGGCUGAUGGUGCUGCUGACAGGGCUGGCGGCGAGUCGGGAGGCGGGCGGGAAGGCGUUCUUCAAAGCGAGACUAGUGGCAGCGGUGUAUGAGUUGAGGGUGGGGAGGUGGGCGGAGGUUAGGGAGUUUGUGGGGAUGUUUCUUGUUGGGAGGGAUUUCUUGGAGGGGAGGGCUGAGGAGCGUGAGGUUGUGGAUUCGGUUUCUCCUGAUGGGAGUGUAGCUGCCUGUUUUGGAGAUGGGAGGGAGAGGGGAGGGGUUUGUGAAGUGUCGAUGGGCGACAUUGUGCUGGAUCCUGACGUUGGUAAGCAAGCACAUGAGUCGUCGAAGCCUGAGGCCUAUCGACAACGAAGAGUCCAAGAGCUCCUUGCCAGUGAUCGUGGUUUCCACGAAGUGAUCCGAAAAGGAAACUGCUGGUUGACAGAGCAGCAAUGA